AUGUCAUUUCUAGAUUUUGGGAGACUCUCUCAACCUAGAAGUCAUAGUCACAAGUGCUCUUACCAUCAAGUGACAGCAACCCCAGGAAAGAAAGGUCCAGUUAAACAGAAGCCAGGGGUGUGCCCAAUAGAUAUCUGCGAUUGCGCUGGUCCUCUGCCUAACGAGUGCUCGACAGAUUAUGGUUGUGAAAAAAAGAAGAAAUGUUGUUACAAAUGUUGUGCAAUGCGCUGUGUGGACCCAGAGAAACCAGGAUUCUGUCCAUUUAUUCGUGAAAAAUGUCGGAUGCUCAAUCCACCCAAUUACUGUGAUUAUGACUUCGAAUGCGUUGGCAACCUGAAGUGCUGUGAAGGGAUAUGUGGGAGGGAAUGUCUUCCACCAGUAUAUGAGAAACCUGGGACUUGCCCAAUAGUUCAUGCUUCCUGUUUGCUGUCGCGUGAAAAGAACCAAUGCAGAAACGAUGAAAAGUGUCCUGGGGACAAAAAGUGUUGCCAAGGUGCCUGUGUGAAACAAUGCUUGACCCCUGAGAAAGGAAACCCCGAGACCUGUCCAACUGUUAAUACGACCUGUCAAGGUCUUGUUCAGGAUCAGUGUGCAAUAGAAGAACAGUGUACAAAUGUGAAACCUGGAGUUUGCCCAGGCGUCAGUCAACUUUGUUCCGAUGUUAAUUUUAAAAACAAGUGUGAGAAUGACGAGGAGUGCCCACGUCAAAAGAAAUGCUGCGUAGAUGUCUGCGGAAAAGCUUGCAUUUCCCCUGCUCAAGAUAAGGGAAUGAUCAAACCAAAUAAUUACGAUUCAGAAAGUUGUGCCUUUGGCAAGUUUACUACAAGCUUCAUGCAAAUGAUAUCUUCAAAUUGCCAGGAUCCAGUGGGAGCUUCUUGGACUUCAGAAUUUCUGCUCUAA